AAUUUAUUCCUUAUGGAGAAACCUAUCUUAGGAGAAAUAUCAAUUGAUUGCUUACAAGAGGAUUUUGAAUUCGUAUUUUCUUCCUCAGUAAUACAAGUACACGAGUACGUCAAUGACAUUAAGCACUAUUUGUUUUACAUAUACUGUGAUGCUGAUGACCUCAAAUCGAUCACUGAUUUAUUAAAGGACUACAUUUCUGGGUUUAAGAAACGUGGUCACAAUCAUGCUAAUUUGUAUUGUCCGGGGAUUAUCAUCAAAAGGGGUGUACACGAACUUAUAAGUGAUUGGGAACAAAUAGGGAAAUAAGUUAUUUUUAAGAGAAAUAUUUCAUCAUUAAUUACUCGGUGUUCUGUAUUUAACCAAUAAACAUACUUAGUUAUCAACUGAACUGAACAAUCUGGUAGAAAACUAUAAUACGGCGUGAACCGUUUCUGUUUUACACUUUCCUGUCCAGCAACCACCACCUUCAGCAGUAGCAAACGCGUUUACAGCACCACAGUAUUCGUCACAUUGGGUGGAACUGCAAUGACCAUCUGGUGCAUUUAAGACGCACUUGCAUGCCUCUAAACAAGAAUACCCUUUAUUUCCCUUAGAUUUGCAAUUAUGAGCACUCAAGUAACCUUUGAAUUUACCACAGUUAGAACAGCCUGUAAUUUUAUAGCUUUUGUUAGAAUUGUAACAAGUUCUUUGAGCUCG